GUUGGCUCUCUUUGCUUGGUGGCUUUUCAGUUGGUGGUGCCUAAUUUUUCAAGUGGUUCUCAUAGUCUCAGUUAGCUUGAUUCUGAUGAAGCCUGGUAUCAUCCAAUUAUAUGCAAAAACAAACACUUAUCAAUUCAAUGGUUUUUUUUUUUCAAUUACAAGCUUUGUUCUGCCUUUAUUAUGCAUAUACUUUCUUUACAAUAGUCUAGACUAUAUCUAUUUUAUCACUACUAUUGCCACCUCUUGUUUAGCUCUCACACACAGCUACAUCACCUUUAUAUAUAGUGAACAUCUUUCACAUAUAACUGAUCACACAAUAACCAUGGGUAAUCCACAACCUAGUGUUCAUCAUCUAACUGAUCAAUUGGAAUCUACCUCCAUGAUGAGCCUAUAACUGUAAGAAGGGUUAUUGUCCACUCUACUCAUGCAUUAUCUAGAGGUAUGGCAGAAUAGAAAUUUUCUGCAGUGGGUCAAUUGUGUGCAGAUGGUGAAAUUAAUUCCUAAAGCAGCAGAAAGGGCAGCCAGAGAUGCUUGGUCUCAUCUCAGAUCAACAGAGGGUAAUUGGCGAUUUGUACUCAUUGGCUUAGAACCCAACAUAUAUGUUAUUAGGUUCGAAAACGAGGAUGAUCGGAAUAUUGUACUUUAUGGAACUGCCUAGAACUUCAAUAAAAAUUUAGUGGUGCUUCGAUGAUGGACUACGUCAAGCAAUUACAGAGUUUUGGACUUCUCAUCUCAGACAUUUUGGAUGGAAUUCAAACAUCUCCAUCCUGAGUUUUUGAAUGAAAAGAUGAUACGGUUGUUUUGCUGAAAUUGUUGGUCAAGUUCUGUAUAUUGAAGUACCUAAAUCUGGAACCAAAUUUCGCGCAUUGGUUGAAAUCUCUCUUACAACCCCGCAUCUCGCUGGCAUACAUACAACAACUGGGGCUGGAGUGGCUCACUGGAUAAGGUUCUUUUAUGAAGGUCAGCCUCGUAAUAUAUGACCAGAUUGUAUGGUGAUUGAUCACGACUCGAAUUUAUGUUCGGACCGUCGGAACAAACGUAUUGAAGCUGGAGGUCACCUAAGAGAUUUUGGUCAAGCUUUACAUAUCCCUCAAGAGUGGCGCCAGCCUAUAGAGGAAAUUCAACUGUUCCGUCAACAUCGUCAUCAGAGACACGAUAUACUUCGUCCUAUGCGUACUAGAGCUGCUCCAUAUCCCCUGGAAGGAAUUCAAUUAUCCUAUUUUACUACAACAGUUACACCUUCACAUAUCAAUGCACACAGAGUACCUUUACAUGAACAAUUUGGGACGUGCAGCGAGAUUGGAAAUUCCAGCUCAUCUCAGAGAAAACGCACUAGAACCGGUACAAAUAAUAUGGAAAUAGAUAAGACCACUAACAUCGAUGAUACCACUGAAACUCCACCGAAGAGUUCGUGGAACCUAGCUCUACAAGACAAUAAUGCCAAUAUCCUCGUCAUUGCUUUGCAACAGAGUUGUUAUUGAGUCUUCGUGGCAGCAAGAUUGCAAUGGUUCUCCCCAAUACCAACUGGUUCAGAAACUCAAGAACACUAAAAAUCAUCUGAUAUACUAGAAGAAGCAUGACUUUGGGCAUAUAGAAAACAAUAUUCAGAGGUUCAAACAACAGAUUCAGUUCCACGAGAAACAAAACAAAUCAUCCAGUCGUUCAAUACUCACAUCUCUUCAUCAACAACUUCAGCACUGGCUUCAGGUAGAGCGUGAGUUUUGGUUGCAAAAAUCAAGAAAAUAUCAUCUUCAAUAUGCAGAUAGAUAUACAGGUUAUUUCCACUUUUAUGCUAAUUUGCACAAAAGGAAAAAUCACAUUGAUGUUUUAAAAGAUAAUCUGGGGUUGUGGCAUAAUGAUUCAGAUAAUAUAGCUCAAUUGCUUCGAUCUCA